CGGAAGUAGCAAGGCUUUAGGAAGCGGCUGGGGCAAGGUGCGGUUGCCAUAGAGACGAAGGAGGAGAAGAGAACCGCUUACGGACAUCCUGGCCGGGCACUCCUAGAUCCCCUGCUUUUCUUCAAGAUGACGGUGCAUAACUUGUACAUCUUUGACCGCAAUGGCAUCUGCCUGCACUACAGCGAGUGGAACCGGAAGAAGCAAGCCGGCAUCUCCAAAGAGGAGGAGUUCAAGCUGAUGUACGGCAUGCUAUUCUCCAUCCGGUCCUUCGUCAGCAAGAUGAGCCCUCUGGAUAUGAAGGAUGGCUUCCUCUCCUUUCAGACCAGCAAGUACAAGCUUCACUACUAUGAGACACCCACAGGGCUCAAAGUGGUGAUGAAUACGGACUUGGGUGUAGGAAACAUCCGGGACGUGCUGCACCAGAUCUACAGCUAUAUCUUUGUGGAUUACGUGGUCAAAAACCCCCUGUGCAACUUGGACGAGACCGUGCAGAGUGAGCUCUUUCGGAACAAGCUGGACGGCUUCGUCCGCGGCCUGCCCUUCUUCUCAGCCCGAGCAGGCUAAUUUAAGGACUACAUUUCCCACGGUGCGCGUGGGCUGUCGGCAGGCGGUGAGCUUGACCGUUUCUCUGCUGGGUGUGCCCCCUUCAGAAUGGCUCCCCUCAUCAUGUACUUGCUGCCCAAACCCGGCCGCUGAGCAUGGAUAGCUUUGGACAGGAAUCGCCUCACGUUACUUCUCCGCCUCUCUUGUCUCUUGAACCCAUCACCUGGCUGGACCUCCGUCUAUGACGCCAUUGGGCAUUUCUCUCUGUCCUUCCUUUUGUGAGGGGACCCCACUGGCCAGCGUGUGUCUCUCUGGCCAUCCCUCACCCACAGCCCUUUGCCAGUCCAGACCUGCUCCUUUCUAUUUAUAGUGCCUCCUCUCUUCUUUGCCUCAUCCGUCCUCCCCGCAAACUCCCUAUUUAUAGCCUGUCUCUCCUCCUGCUUUUCUCAUUCAGCGCUCUCCCAGCCUGGGCCUGACAUCAAGUGCCCCCAGGGGCUGCUUGGACGGGACGGGAUGCCGUAGCGGCAGCAGCGUGUCCUUCCCAAACGCGCCUUGCGAGAGGAGGGCUUAGCGAUAGGGCUCCUCGUUUCCACUGCCGGGAAGAGGCGGUGAGCACCAAAGGUCGAGACACGGUCCGUGCCUUUUCACUGGAUCCGGCUCCCAGGAAUGAAACAUCACUGGGUGUGUCUCAAGUUCAAAAGGGAUUUGGCCGACAGCCCCGGGCCUCCCCGGGUGGUUGAGGGUUGCUGCAUUUCCUUCCCAAGCUUUGCCGGCCAGUUUGCCGGCCAGCUGUGGUCGCUGCCCCGGGACCUUGCCUGUUUGCGGUGGCUGGUGCUGCCUCGGGUCGUUUCAGCUGCCAUUGUUUUGCAGUAUUUUCACUAAAACCUGUACAGUAAACCGAUGUCUUCGCCGCAUUGGUCCUAACAAACAAGACGCCCAAAGCCAGCGAGGCAUGUUAAUACGCCGGGCGCACGUUUUUCACAUUGCGCAGGGGUUUUUACUUCCUCGGGCUUAGACGUUCAGAGGACGAAAAGGGAAUCGAAGCAUUCAGCAGCUCUGCCUCCAGGCCAAGAAUGGAGUGCCCAGGCUAACGGCCACCUCGUUUCUCCGCUCUGGGAGGCCGUCGGCACGGCCGGUUGAACCCUUUGUAUGUGUUUUGUUGUUGUUGUUGUUCCAAACGUCUUUAGCUCCGAGAAGUCUGUACGAUUCAGGCGUGUUUCCAGCUCCUUAAAUACAACUUGACCAAAAGGAAA